AGGUUCUGGCGGCCACCAUCGUGGGCGUUCUCCUCUCCACGGCCUCGGGCUACUCUGGAGACGUCGUGGGCAUGCCGGCGCCGGCCAAGGCGGACUCAUCGGCAGGCGCCGGUGCCCUGGGCCUGCUGGUCGUGUGGGUGCGGCGCUGGCCGUGGGAGAUGCCGCUGGCGGCGCUGGUAGAGCGACUCGGCGGCCUGGCUUCUACCAUCUUGUCCGCGACCGCCUUCGCCGCCAUCAACUUCCUCGCCAUCAUCUCGGUGGAGGCAGAGAAGCCACCGCCAGGGGGCUGGGUGCCCUCCGUGGAGCUCUCAGGCCAGGGCGUCGCCUGCGUCGUGUCCGGCAUGGCCGGCAGCGCGCCGGCUGGCGGCUCCCUGAGCCGCUCGAUGGUGGCGGGGCUGACAGGUGCAGCAUCGCCGCUGAUGGGGCUGGUCUGCGGCGUAUGUACGCUCCUGCUGGCGAUCCCUCAGGUCGCCUCGCUGCUGGCACCCACGCCGAAGGCGGUGCUGGCUGCCAUCUGCCUGGCGGCCGUGUUGCCCACUGUGCUGCGCCCGAAGGACGUGCUCAAGCUCCAAGGCCUCGACGCCGCGGUGGCCUGGGCCACCACCGCGGGGAGCCUCCUGCUGGACCCCACGCUCGGGUUCGGCAUCGGCCUCGUGCUCUACGCCGCGGCGCACGCGCUGCGGGGGAAGUUUCGCUCGAAAGGUGAAAAGGUCCACUAGCGCGGAGCCUCCGCCGGAGCCGGGCGGCCCCCCGCGACGCUGCCACCUCCAGGUGUGAGGGCGCGAGGGGCCGCGCCGCCGGGCGGCCUGGCUGGCCGCGGCGCUGUGCGGGACGGCGUCGUCAACGCGCGCGCGUUUGUCUCGACAAGCGGCGUAGGCCCCAGGGCGCGGCGUGCGGCGGGCGCGUUGUUGGGAGCGGAGAGCGAGGUCCACUGAGUGGCGCGCAGGUCUGGUGGGGCAGGAAGAAAA